AUGACGGAAUCUGAUACGUCUCCAUUGACAGUGAUUGUCUCCGGCGGUGGGCCAGUUGGUUUAACAUUCUCGUUGAACCUUGUUAUGAUGAUGGGUAAACGAGUAAAAAUUAUCAUAUAUGAAGGACGUUGGUUUGUUGACGAAAAUAGUAUAAUUCGAUGGCAAGGCGAAGAACAGGGCAAAAUGCGUCGCGAUCAAGUUGUCACACUACAAGAUCAUGUUAUCGAACAAAUGCCUGUUUAUGUUCAAAAAGGUCUUUUUCAGAAUAUUGAUGAAAGAGUCUGGCCAACGUCAAGAAACAUCCCGAUACGAGAAGUUGAAGAUCGAUUAUUCGAUUUGAUUCAACCAUUUGUACAAGCUGGUCAGGUAGAAUUGAUUCCUGAAUCAUUACAUGAACAAACCGAACGUCUUGUAAAAGGUGAUUUCGAUCUUCUCAUCGGUACCGAUGGUUCGAAUUCAUUUGUACGUCGUUAUUGUAACAUACCGAUGGUGAGUGAAGGAGUCGAAUAUGCCUGUGGUGUUGCAUAUAAUAUUCCAACGAACGUACCCUCCUCCGAAGAACCAUUACACCAAGCAUUGAAUUGUAUUCUAACUGUAGCUCAAACACGCUAUCUCGUUAAUUCAUCGUCAAGUCGUCGUGGUUAUUUGAAUAUUCGUUUGAUCAAGAGUGAAUACGAUGAAUUACGUGAAUAUUUACAGGAAUUUCAAAAUGAAAAUAAAUUGAUAGACUUAUCGGAUGUCAACCAAUGUCCAAACAGUUCGAUUGUUUGGAGUAUUAUUCGUCAAGGCUUGGAAUUCUUCAAAAUCCAUUCGAAAUAUGUUGUUCGCGUUGCACCCAUCGAAAUUAACGUUCGACAUGCAGCGAUUGUCGUUCGAGAACUUCGCUUCGAGCUCAAAGAAGACGUUCACGAAGAAACGAAAAAGUAUAAAACAGUCUUAGCCUGUUUAGCAGGUGACGCAGCUCUGAAUGUUCAUUUCUGGCCUGGUCGCGGUAUGAACAGCGGCAUGAAAGCAGCUAUGGCACUUGCACGAAAUAUUCUUCGAUGCUGUCCGAAUGAAACGGUUGAUAUCCGUCGACCGUUGCGUUUUCUUGAUUUUCUUGAUUACGAAGGCUUCAUGGCUCGUCUUCGUGCACGAGAACAACAAGGACGAUCUUUGCGUGUUCUUAUCGAUCCAAUUGAUCAAAGUGUGGUCGAGUCCUAUUCGUACGUUGCGAUGAACCAUUGUCAUAUUCGAUAUAGAAAACGGUUAAUCGAAAAAUUACAAGAUAUGCGGCAACGUCUGACAGAAAGACCGGAUUGGCCUCAUACGAAUCGGCCGAUUACCGAUGAAGAAUUAGGAUAUGCACCGAAUCGAAUAAAUCCAAAUGCGAUCGCUCAACUUUCCUUAGCUAAUCCAUGGCCAACCAGAGAAAUGAGUGGAGCCGAUGUUCUUGUCGAAGGGACAUACCCAUUCGAACAACAAAACUUUCUCGCUGUGCCACGCAUGAACCAUAAAUCGUUGGCUCCUAAGCCGAGUGUUUUGUUUCGUCAACGAUUUGUUUCGUUAUGGAUUGUAAGCGAAUCCAACGAUGAUAUCAUAAAAAAUUUACCGAAAGUAACUUCGACUGAUAUUCGAGUUGUUCGCACGAUCGAUGCUGCAAAGAAAUGGUUGGUCAAAAAUCGAGAAUCACUGCACGAACGAGGCAAUCUUUUCAAAGUCGUUAUUAUCUGGUCCGAAAUGAAUCAGUUGAUAGCGAUAGAUUUCAUAACAACCAUUCGAACUCAAGAAGCACAUACUCCAAUACUGGUUUUUACGAAUAAGCGUGAUGAAAUUCAGUCAGCAUUGGAAUUUCCGAAUGUUACUGCAACGGAUACACUUUUUGAUCUCUAUGAAUUCGUUGGGAUUAAUCAAGAAGCGCAAUGGAAUGCCGGUUGUCGUGCUUCCCAUGUAGAACUUCAUUCGACAUCGAUGAACUCUCCUGUUGUAUUUAGAAAGAAUAAUCCAAUAUCCUAUUCGAAGCAAUCGAAAGGAAAUAUACUUUUCCUAUGGAUCGGCACGGACGAUCAUCACCCAACAACAGUAGAACAGUUACUUCUUAUGUAUCCCCAGCUAGAAAUCCAGUUUACGGAAACUUUUAACGAAACAAGAACGUAUCUAAAUCAAAAUAUCGAAGAAAUCAAACAACGACAAAGAGUUUUGGUUAUUUGUUCCGGUCAGUUUUCUAAAGAACCGAAAAAUAUCAUGGAUGUCAUGAGACUCUUCUGCACAGUCAACUUCAAGGUUUCCCUUGUUGUUGACACACAAGAUCGAGCGCAACUCAAACAAAAACUACCAUCGAAUAUUCCGAAAUAUGUUCAGAUUUUCGAUGAACAAGAACAUAUGCUGUUAUUUAUUACUAAUGAACUAAGCAACUCUUUUUGA